AUAAACUUACGCAAAGAGCUCGUCGGUCGUGUUUCAAUAAACUACAAUCAAUCUAUCAUAAAUUAUGUUUACUAUUUGAAUCUGUUUUAGUGUUUACAUCAAACUCCUCGCAAUUUUUAUAAAUCUUAAUAAUAAAUUGUACAAUUUGUUCUUGUGCAUGUAGUACUUAUUUAAUCUUUAUAGUUUUUUUUUUUAAAUCUGUACUUUUCUUGUAUUUAGCACUGUUUAUCAAAAUGUCAGAAUUGAAAAUAUUAGUUUGUGGAGAUGUCCAAGGUCAAUUUAAAUCCUUUUUCAGUAAAGUUGGCAUGAUUCAUCAAAAAAAAGGUCCUUUUGAAUACUUACUUUGUGUUGGAAACUUUUUUGGUCCUGGAGAUGAAGAAUGGCAAGACGUACUGAAGGGUAAAAUAACAGUUCCAUUAACUACUUAUAUAUUGGGACCAAAUAGAGCAGAACAUGUGAAGCAUUUUCCUGAUAACUCAGAAGAGCUUGCUUCUAAUAUUAUUCAUUUGGGGAAACGAGGAAUGUUUACUGGAGUCUCUGGAUUACGCAUUGCUUAUCUAAGUGGAGUUGAGCAUAAAGAUUCUAGCCGCUACACAUUUAAUAGAAAAGAUGUGACAGAGAUUUUAACAUAUACAUCCCAAUUCAAUAUUGAUAUUUUAUUAACAUCCCAGUGGCCUAGAGGAGUUUCAAAAUUUGCUAAAGAGCCAGAGCACAUUGAAAAUAAAGAUUCUAAUUUAAUUGCUUAUUUGGCUAAGGAGUUAAAACCUAGAUAUCAUUUUUCUGCUUUAUCUGAAACUUUUUAUGAGCGACUGCCUUACAGGAAUCAUAAAGUUUUGCAAGAAAUACCUACCCAUGUAACCAGAUUUAUUGGACUAGCUUCAGUUAACAAUAGCAAGAAACUAAAAUGGAUAUAUGCAUUUAAUAUCAAACCUUAUUGUUCAAUGAAUUCAAAGCAAUUAGCUGAAAUAAGUGGACCAGUAACUGAAUGUCCAUAUGAAGAUCUUGCAGAAGACCAUAUAAAUGAGUUUUUCUAUGAUACCAAUUCUAAGAAGCAGAAACGAGCUUUCAAUAUGGGAGAAGAAAAUAAGCCGAGGAAAAGAGAAAAAUUUUCUGUUACUCAAGAUAAUUGCUGGUUUUGCUUAGGAAAUCCAAGUGUAGAAAAACAUCUAUUAAUUAGUGUUGCUGAUUAUAGUUAUUUAGCAUUACCUAAAGGAGGCCUUGUUGAAGAUCAUUUGCUUAUUUUACCAAUUGAACACAAAGAUGCUGUUGUGAAUGUAUCAGAACCAGCUUACGAUGAAAUUUACAGAUUUAAAAAAGUACUUUCCAAAUAUUUCUAUGAUAAUGGAAAAGAUGUAAUAUUUUUUGAAAGAAAUUUAAGUUCAGCUCAUCUUCAAAUUCAGGUGGUUCCUGUUCCAGAUAGCGUAACUUCAAAGGUUAAAAAUACAAUUCUAGAAUUAGGUGCUGCUCAUGGAGUUGAAUUUGAUGAAUUGCCUGAAUUUUCUUUGAUUAAACAGAUUGUUCCAGAAAAUAAGCCUUACAUUUAUUUUGAGAUAGUGAGGAAUAAAAAAAUAUCUACAAAACUUUUGUGUGUCAUCAACAAGCACAUUCCAAUACAAUUUGGAAGAAUGGUUCUAGCUAGCAAACCUAUACUUGAUUUACCAGACCGAAUUGAUUGGAAAUCAUGCGCUUUAACUGAAGAAGAAGAAAGAAAUCUAGCAGAACAAUUCAGAAAAAAAUUCAAGGCAUAUGACUUUAGUCUAUAAAAAUAUAUUAAGUAUUUUCACUUGUAAAUAAACUCAUUUUAUUUUUAGUACAAGUAGCUCUCUUAUGGCAACUGAGCCAUUUUCACAGAAUAAAACAAAAAGUGAUCUAAGCAAAUUUUUGACAUUUA